AUUUUCGUACACACCUCGGAGGAAAACGUGCCUGGCGUCUGUCAAGUGAGGAGCUCCGACACGUCGUGUGGACUGUGGUCGAUUACUCGAAUUGUUGUGAAUUUUAAAGUCACAGCACGUUCGUGUGCUUAUCUUUUCUUACGGUCUCUUUUUAUUCUAAUUUUUUUUAAAUGGCUAAAUGGGGAGAAGGUGACCCAAGAUGGAUCGUGGAAGACAGACCAGAUGCUACAAAUGUAAAUAAUUGGCAUUGGUCUGAGAAAAAUGCCAGCAGUUGGAGCAAGGAUAAAUUAAAGUCCCUUAUGGAAGGAUUGGUUCUUUCAAAAAAAGGGCUAGGAACGGUAACUUUAAAAACAUUAAGCAAAUGUGAAGGAGAGGCUACAGCAAAUAACAGGAAAGGCAAAUUAAUUUUUUUCUAUGAAUGGGUGCUCACCAUAGACUGGGUAGCUGAGCUGGAAGACCCUGAUGCUGAGGAGUGCAAGGGUACCUUAGAAAUUCCUAAUUUAUCUGAAGAAAAUGAACCAUCUGAUGUUGAUGUGAAUGUUUCAGUCUCAGCAGGAGGCUCAUUUGGAGAGCAGGUUAAGACAUACCUGCGUACUGAGGGUACAACAAUCAUCCGGGAUAAGCUUGCUUGCUACUUAACAUCUCUCCGGGAAGAGUAUGCCCAAGACCUGAUCCUACCCACCACCCACAGCGCUAAGACUGCCUCUACACAGAGCAAGACUGCCACCACUACCUGCACUCCUAAGACUGCUGAUAACUCGGUGAACAGCGCGAUCUCGCCGCUGAGCAGCAUGCAGCUCAAGAGCCAGCAGCCCACUGCGUCAGACACCAAAGAUUUGUCCCUCCGCCAGACCUUCAAAUGUCGUGUCCAGGAACUCUAUAAUGUCUUCACUAUCCCCGAGAUGGUGACGGCAUUUACGCGAAAUUCAGUUACGAUGGAGGUCGCCGAAGGGGGCAAGUUUGAACUUUUUGGUGGCAACGUUCUGGGGAUCUUUGAAACUUUCGAGCCGAACAAGUUGAUUGUACAGAAGUGGCGUUUUAAGACCUGGCCAGACGGCCUCUAUUCCACCGUCAGGCUCGACUUCGCCGAGAAGGAGGACUGCACUGAACUGACACUCACGCAGGCAAACAUUCCAGUCAGCGACUACGAGCGCACACGGGAAGGCUGGAACACCUACUACUGGGAGAGCAUCAAAAGAACGUUCGGCUUCGGCGCUACCCUGAUGUAACCCUUGAUUUUAUAGCCAUGUAUCACCCAUCUUUGCAUAGAACUUUUACAAGCGUCCUCUAAUAUCUGAAUUGGAAGAAAUUUUACUUCUCAUCGCUUAUACCUAAUUGCUUCCCACGUGAAAGCCUUCAAGAAAUUUUAUUUCAACUAAGUAUUCCUGAACCGCGAAUUUAAUAAUUUCAAAUUACUUUACUACUUCCUAACGUGUUAGGAGUGCACCACAACGUUAUUUAAUCGUUAUCGGCAAAAAUUGGUUGUCAAAUUCCUGUGACAUAAAACGGAAGAAAAAAUUAUAUUUUCAUGGAGAGUGCUAGCUUCUUUUCCGACAUUAUGUGCACUAAAAUUUAGAAUUCUCUUUUCAAAAUCAUCGAAUGCACUACAAUUUGGAAUUCUCUUAUCGACAUCUUUGUGUAACAACAAUUGGGCAUGCGAGUAAACGUGAGCUGAGCGCCUGC